GCCGCUCCCGCCGCUGCCACUCUGCUCCGGGCCGUGCGCCGCCGCCGCCACUCUUCGCCCCGGCUGCCCCCGCCCCUGCCUGCUCGCCGCCCAGGCGCGCAGAGGCCGGCGGCGGGUAGCGGGAGGCGGCUCCUGGGACCGGCGCGGCCCUGGGGCGCUGCGGGCGGGGAAAGGGACCUCGGCUCCGGAGGACCCGCCUGGCAUCGACAAUAUGGCAGCGUCCAGCCGGGCUCAGGUGCUGCGGUUGUAUCGGGCUCUGCUGCGGGAGAGUCAGCGCUUCAGCGCCUACAACUACAGAAUGUAUGCCAUCAGAAGGAUAAGAGAUGCCUUCAGAGAAAACAAGAAUAUAAAGGAUUCUGAAAAAAUAGAAGAACUAGUGAACAAAGCCAAAGCAAACCUAGAGAUUAUUCAUCGACAGGUUACUAUUGGCCAACUGUAUUCCACGGAGAAAUUGGUUAUUGAGAGUCCAGGAAACACAUAGCUCUGAGAAGACUCUGAUUCUGAUGCAACACUGGACCAUCUUCAGCAUCCUACAGUGCCACAUACAGAUGCUUAAACUUACUGCACACGUCUGAGCUUUUCUGUUCAACAUAAAAACUGCCUGAGAGACUCAGUUUUUGGCAACCAAAGUACUAUUUUGUAGUGGUUCAUGUGGUCUGAAAUAUAUUGCUGUGAUUUGUAAUAGCAUGUAAGAUAGUCUUGAAAUCUGUGUGCCUGUGUGUCUCAUGAUGAAAUAGUCCCUGCCAAACUUUGACAAUAAAACUUCAUUAAACUA